AAUUGUCAAAUUGUGGCAGAUUGUGAUAGCCGAAUGCAGAUGGGCUUAUACCGAUUGUGAUUCAUUUCAAAUAAAAUUAAGUGGUCUGUGCCUAUAUAUAAUUCUUAUUAUAUUUAUUUAGUUAAUUAAGUAGAAUUUAUUGUUAUUAGAUGGCCAUAAGCGUAAGUCUAAUAAAAAUUAAUUAACUUUAAAAUUGUGUGUGCAAUAAAACAAAGAUUUACAAUGCCAGCCUAUCAUUCGUCAUUAACAGAUUAUACCCAGUCAAUUGGUAAUCUUGCUGUUUUACCUCUCAAAACCACUUUUCGAGGCCCUGCACCAAUUAACACUAAAAUCGAACUGGAUAUUAUUGAUGAAGCUCUAAAUUAUUUUAAAGCAAACGUCUUCUUUAGAUUCUAUGAGAUCAAGUCUGAUGCAGAUAGAGUGCUUAUCUAUCUAACUCUAUACAUCUCGGAAUGUUUAAAAAAACUGCAGAAAUGCUCCAACAAGAACCAAGGGCAACAGGAAAUGUAUAUGCUGGCUAUAUCAAAGUUUGAUAUACCAGGGGAAUCUGGAUUUCCCUUAAAUUCAGUUUAUGCUAAGCCAUCAUCUGCUCAGGAAGCUGACUUAAUGAGACAGUAUUUUCAACAACUUAGGCAUGAGACAGGUGCCAGAGUUUGUGAUAAGGUGUUUGCUACUGAAGACGGUAAGCCAAGUAAAUGGUGGUUGUGCUUUGCGAAGAGGAAAUUCAUGGACAAGUCACUUUCAGGCCCCGGGCAAUAAGAUAAUUAUUUUUAAUUCCUGCCGAACAUUUAGUCUUUUUGAAAAUUAAAUAUGUUUUCUCUAUUAUUAAUGAAAUUAUAUAGAUAAUAAUUUGUAUUUAUCCAAAGUAUUACUAUUAAAAUUUUAUAUAAAG